ACAAUAACAGGGCUGCACGGCCUCUCGGACAGAGACGGUCCUCCCGGGUCUCGCCGGCAAACCUCUCGUUUAGCACUUCCCACUUCCACUGCUGACAGUCUUUAAUUGGAUUUUCUCCAUCUAGCGAAGCCGCGGGCCGGCUGGAAAGAUUACUCCAGGAAGGACAAAGGUCCGGAAGUCGUGAGACUUUACAGCAUCUUGUUCUUCCCGGAUCACCCCAAGUAAUCAUUUGGGAAUGGAACUCGAGAUUUCACCAGGGUGCCGUGGGCUCUAAAAUUUCGACCUAUGAGUUCCCAAAGUUUCAAGAUCCGAAAGUCUGAGAGCCCAAUGCUUUAUGCAUUUUAUUUCAGGGACUCCCCACACCCACCACUGGGUUUGUGUUGGGGGGAGGGAGUACCCCUUAGGCCGGGUCAAGGGUCCCCAAAGUCCCACUCCCCUGUCCCGGUCUUCAGCUUUGAGUUCGGUUGGUCCUAACAUUCCCAUCAUCUACACCCGGGCCUCCCAACAUUGCAUGCCUGCGUGGAUCUCUCCAGCCAAGCUUCCAGCCUCCCAAUCCCCCAAAACUCACUAAGUCCCCACUGCCCCGCCUCCAUCCCCGCGGUUCCCCCAGGCUGAAAAUACACGGAGCCGUGAGCCGGUGACUCAGAGAGGACUCAUCGGGCACAGUCAGGAGCUUACCCGAUCCGCAGGGGAUCGUGUCACCGUCCUGGGAAGCGCGCUCCAAGCAGGACGCCAGGUGCCCCCGGAGCCCAGCGGCUACCUGCGCCCAGGAUGGUGGCUCUGGACUUUUGAGGAGCUCAAAACUUUUAGCGCCAGUGUGAGCACAUGGGAGGGGAAAAUCCCAAUCCCGGCAACACUCGCGAGGCUCCUGGCACAAAGCUGGACAGUCGCCAUGACAACAUGAAGACGCUGGAGGCGCCGCUGGUAGCUCCGGACUGCCUUCCUUCAGACCAGGCCCCAGCUGCAGCCAGUCUCCCUCCCCAGGCUUCCCUGAUGGAUAAAGAUACGGACCCUGAACUGAUGCCACCGCCACCCGAUGGGGAUAAUCCGCCCCAGAAGUCCCCAGAUCCUGCGGCUGGCUCAGCUGUGUCCCGGGAGCUGGGGGAGGUGGACCCAGCUUCUCUCUCCGCCGCCCUGGAAGCAGAGUUUGAUACUUCUAGUGCGUUGAGUCCACGAAUCGAGGAACAAGAACUUUCUGAAAAUGCCAGCCUUCCUGCAGAAGAAACGAACGGGCCAGAGCUGGGGUCUGGAGAAAUCAUGGAAGGUAGAGGUGUGUCUGAGGAACCCGGUCCAGAGGAUGAAGGAGACACCAUUUGGAACUACAGCUUCUCCCAGCUACCUCGAUUUCUCAGUGGUUCCUGGUCAGAGUUCAGCACCCAACCUGAGAACUUCUUGAAAGGCUGCAAGUGGGCUCCUGAUGGUUCCUGUAUCUUGACCAAUAGUGCCGAUAACAUCCUGCGGAUUUAUAACCUGCCUCCAGAGCUGUACAAUGAGGGGGAGCAGGUGGAAUAUGCAGAGAUGGUCCCCGUCCUUCGCAUGGUAGAAGGUGAUACUAUCUAUGAUUACUGCUGGUAUUCCCUGAUGUCCUCAACCCAGCCAGACACCUCCUACGUGGCCAGCAGCAGCCGGGAGAACCCAAUUCAUAUCUGGGAUGCAUUCACUGGAGAGCUCCGGGCUUCCUUUCGCGCCUACAAUCAUCUGGAUGAGCUGACGGCAGCCCAUUCACUCUGCUUCUCCCCGGAUGGCACCCAGCUGUUCUGUGGCUUCAACCGGACUGUGCGGGUCUUCUCCACAUCCCGGCCCGGCCGUGACUGUGAAGUCCGAGCCACGUUUGCAAAAAAGCAGGGCCAGAGUGGCAUUAUCUCCUGCAUAGCCUUCAGUCCAGCCCAGCCCCUCUAUGCCUGUGGCUCCUAUGGCCGCUCCCUGGGUCUGUAUGCCUGGGAUGAUGGCUCCUCUCUCGCCCUGUUGGGGGGGCAUCAAGGGGGCAUCACGCACCUCUGCUUUCACCCUGAUGGCAACCGCUUCUUCUCAGGAGCCCGCAAGGAUGCUGAGCUUCUGUGUUGGGAUCUCCGGCAGCCUGGUCACCCACUGUGGUCCCUGAGUCGGGAGGUGACCACCAAUCAGCGCAUCUACUUUGAUCUGGACCCGACUGGGCAGUUCUUAGUGAGUGGCAGCACCAGUGGGGCCAUCUCUGUGUGGGACACCAGCGGGGCUGCAGAUGACGGGAAGCCGGAGCCAGUGCUGAGUUUUCUGCCACAGAAGGACUGCACCAAUGGAGUGAGGUCCUCAUCUGCACCCCAGCCUGCCUCUGCUGGCCACUGCCUCCGGUCAGCGUGUGUUCCCGGAGCCCACAGAGAGCGGGGAUGAAAGGGAGCAGGAGCCAGACCUCCCCCUGCUCUCCAUGCGCGACGUCCACCUUGAAUGUCGGCUGCAGCUCUGGUGGUGUGGGGGAGG